GCCAAUGAUUACGCGCCCGGCAGCUUGCGAGUUAAAUGUAUCCGUACAGUAAUUAUUAUCUCCGCUCUAAUGCCACCGUCCACUAAUACGAUGCCUCCCUGACACACACACACACACACGCACGCACACACCACCCCCCUCCCUGGUCUCUCACACUCCUCAAAGCGUCAAACACACUGGAAAAUCAAAGCGUGCUGCUCUCAUGCUGACACUGUCUAAGCUGCGUGCGAGGAGCACAACACAAGGAUCCAAGUUUGCUCUCAAUGUCAACCUUCUUCUAAACCAAAUAAAUGCAUUUUUCAAAUCAUUUAAUUGAAUUUUAGAAGACAAGUGGGUUUUGUGCCAAUAUUGUUCUUUACAAAGCUUUUACAACUCAACAUGUCUAUGCUCAUUUUUAGCUGAUAUAUCUUCUUUGGAGAAAAUGGACCGGUGGCUAACGAGGAAGCGAUGGACGUUGACUGGGCAGGUUGUCUUUUUGCUCUUGUGUGCGUGCGCACUGGACCGGGUUUUGGCGCAGAUUCGAUAUUCCAUUCCCGAGGAGUUGGAACACGGGGCUUUUGUUGGGAAUAUCGCUGAAGACUUGGGUUUGGACGUGGCCAAAUUAUCUUCAAGGAGAUUUCGGAUUGUGUCCGGGGCAAGAAAACAAUAUUUAGAGGUGAAUUUGGAGAACGGGAUUUUGUUUGUGAAUGAAAAGAUUGACCGCGAGGAGCUCUGUGAACAAAGUCCUGUUUGUUUCUUAUACUUGCAAGUCGUUAUUGAGAACCCUUUGGAAUUGUACCGGGUAGAAGUUGAAAUCUUAGACGUCAAUGACAACGCUCCCAGUUUUCCGUGGAGCGAGUUUAAUCUAGAGAUCACGGAGUCCGCUGCGCCGGGGUCUCGGUUCCCGCUGGAGAGCGCGCAGGAUCUUGAUGUGGGCUCGAACUCUCUUCGCUCGUACUUGCUGAGCUCCAAUCAUCACUUUGUGCUUGAUAUUCAGACUCGUAACGACGGCAGCAAAUUCGCCGAACUUAUUCUGCAGGUGCCGUUAGACCGAGAGAAACAAAAGACGCACGAGAUGGUGCUCACUGCUGUGGACGGUGGCUCUCCUUUGCGCUCGGGCACGGCUCAGAUAACGGUCACUGUGCUGGAUGCGAAUGAUAACGUACCGGUGUUCGACCGGUCCGUAUAUCGGGUCAGCUUGGUGGAGAAUCCACCGAGAGGCACGCUCGUGCUCAAACUGAACGCCACGGACCUGGACGAAGGAGCCAACGGUGAGAUUACCUAUUCGUUCAGCGGGCACGCGCCUCUGAAGGUGCGAGAGCUGUUCAGCGUGGACUCUCAUUCGGGCGAGAUUCGGGUGAAGGGAAUAGUGGACUACGAAAAGGCCAGUGUGUAUGAGCUCUACGUGCAGGCAAAAGACAAAGGUCCUUCAGCUGUGGCUGUGCACUGUAAAGUACUGGUCGAUAUUCUAGACGUGAACGACAAUGCGCCCGAGGUCAUAUUAACCUCUGUGUCAACACCUGUUCAGGAGGACGCGCCACCGGGCACGGUGAUAGCCGUAAUAAGCGUAAUGGACCGUGACUCUGGUGAGAACGGGGCUGUCGAUUGCCAGGUUCCCGGUAACGUGCCUUUCCAGCUGCACUCCUCUUUUAAAAACUACUACACACUUGUAACCAGCGAGUUUCUGGACAGAGAAUCUGUCACCGAGUACAACAUCACCCUGACCGCUCGAGAUCUGGGCUCGCCGCCGCUGUCCACCAGGAAAACGAUUUUAGUUCAAGUGUCUGAUAUUAAUGACAACCCUCCGCGUUUCAUCCAGCCGUCCUAUACUGUGUAUGUGACCGAGAAUAACGCCCCGGGCGCAUCCAUUUGCUCGGUGACCGCAUUCGAUCCAGACUCUAACCAAAACGCCUAUUUGUCCUACUCCAUACUGGAGGGUCAGAUUCAGGGCAUGCCUGUGUCCACUUAUGUCUCGAUCAAUUCAGAUAACGGAAACAUAUACGCGCUUCGCUCUUUCGAUUACGAACAGCUCCGAAACUUCCAGAUACGCGUACAGGCGCAAGACGCGGGCUUCCCUCCGCUCAGCAGCAACGUGACCGUCAACGUCUUUGUUUUGGAUCAGAACGACAACGCACCUGUCAUCCUCUCCCCGCUACCGAAAAACGGUAGCGUAGCUAAUGAGGUGGUGCCCAGGUCGGUGGACGCAGGUUAUCUUGUGGCUAAAAUCACGGCACUAGACGCGGACGCAGGGCAAAACUCUCGCCUAUCAUAUCAGGUGCUCCAGGCGACCGAUCCCGGACUGUUUAGCGUUGCGUUAUACACCGGCGAGAUAAGGACGAUCCGCCGCUUAGUGGACAAAGAUGCCACCAGGCAAAGACUUGUUAUACUUGUCAAGGACAACGGGCAGCCUCCGCUCUCGGCCACCGUGUCCAUCAUUUUGUCGGUGGUGGACAACGUGCCGGAGUCGCUGUCCGAAUUCGGUGACCUCUCGCUCAGCCCGCAGCCGUCGUCUAAUCUAGCACUCUAUUUAAUCGUGUCACUGAGCACGGUCUCGCUCAUCUUCCUGGUGGCCAUAAUCGUUUUGGCGGCUGUGAAAUGCUACAAGGAUCGAGAUUCGCUCGGCGGUUACGCGCUCUCCUCGCUCAGCGCCGCCUGCUGCAGCUUUGAAUCGGAGCCGCCCGCUGAGGUUUUCAAAAAGUCUAACAUCAACCUGCAAAUCUCCGCCGGCGCGAAAGUACCCACGAACUGCGUGGAGGUAAACAGAAAUACUGGAAAUCUCUCUCAAGCUUACUGCUACAAAGUGUGUUUGACGCCCGAAUCUGCAAAGAGCGACUUUAUGUUUCUUAAGCCUUGCAGUCCCGGCACGCCGAGAAAUAACGCGACGAAAGGAGCGGAUAACCUGGCGCUGAGCUCACAGAGCCGCUGCUCGUCCGUGAACAACGGUGCGACUACACCAAACGAGCUGAAGCAAGCAAACACAGACUGGGCCCUCAUGAAGAACCAAACCUCUUCUCUGAAAAGCUGUAACUCUAUAAACAUGGACGGCACUGUAAUGCGUAAGGCCAUGCAGGCAGAACCAGAAAAUUAUAGCCAAAUGGCCACAGGACAGUAUUGGACAUGGGGAAACCGCUCAAGAGAGUACCGGAUGCAUUCUCCAGCAGGUGGGGUCUCUCAGAGGGUGUGGACCCCUCAUUACACGCCUCCACAUAACCCCACCCAUCAUCCGCAGCAGCCCACAGCGCAGGCACCCCCGCACCCUCCGCCAGACUACCAGCAUAACGUCUAUAUCCCCGGCACGCCAUCCGGCUUCUGUACCCUGCGCCCAAGUUACCGCAGCGAGCUUGACGUCCACAACUCAUUCUCCACCUUUGGAAAGAAACGAAGGUUCAUCUCACCCAGCAGCUUUGACCCGUGUGACGACACAGGGGCAGAGGUCAUCAACAAUGACUUAUAUAACGAAUAAAAUUACCUGAGCUCUGGGUCUAGGACAUGGAUGAGAGACGAGUUGGAAUGACAUGAUGGAGAAAGAGGCACCUUGUUAUUUUGACCAAAGCAUAGCACUCGUCAUUUAGCCACAGUCGCUCGCUAACCUACUGAUACGUUUUGCACACAAAACAGCACUUGUGGAAAUCGGAGUUUCCAAUCAUAUAGUUCGGUUGCAGCGCAAGAUCGUGUUUGAAAGGGAUCCCAGGUUUGUGAAGUUUGUGGCUUUAAAUCUCUACAAGAUAUUCAGCGUUUUAUGUGAGGCUAAAAAAUAAUAAUAAUAGAAAUUCACAAGCAGAACUGUAUAUUCCGCUUUGUUUCUGCUGUAAAAUAAUUUAAAAUAAGUAAAUAAUAAAUAUUUAUUAAUAAAUAAAUCUUUUGAUUUCACAGAGACCAACAAGCCAUGUUUUAAAUGUUUUUUUCUGCACUGGUCUGUUAUUAUGGUAUGAUCUAUUAACCUGACCCCCUAAAAAAAAUGUACAACUCAAGGAACUCUGGUGAGUCUCCUCCGUAAGUGAGCAAUUCUUGGCCAAGUUGCAACCAGAUUAAACGUUGUCUCAUGUAAUGGGCAGAAAACCCAACUUCUAUGUCACAAUGGCACUCUGAUGGUUGUGUUUGGCAACGCUGUGCUCACUCUCACAAUGCACUUUUCAUUUUUCUCUUGUUAUGUGUCUGUGUGGUUCAUUUGCAGGUUAAGAAGGACUUUUGUAUUUUACCUGUCAGGAGCAAAAUAGUUAAACUGAGCUGCUGGAACAGAUACAAAAACACUAUUCUUUUGUUGUUUCAGGGAUGGAAUAAAGCUUCAUCUGUUGUUGUUUUGUAAUUGAUUGUGAUUGACGUCUCGGUCACACCAGGUUUGGAGGUAAAAUGUCAUUUACCACUAGAAUAGUAGCAGUACAAAGUAAAGCCAGGCCUGAAAUCAAUCCUGAAUAUGAACAUGAUGAUUCUUUUAUUAGAUUUUCUUGUUACUUUGACAAUCAUUGCAGCCAAAAUGUGAUUAUUACAUGCCCUUUGCACACAAUGUGAGCUUAUGAACAAACAGAAUGGUCACUGGUGGAUGACGGAGAAAAAUGAUCAAAUCACAUUCAUCAAUCUGUAUAUGACUUCUGAUGAAGGAACGUAUGGAUCAGCUUUUAGACACAUCACUGCCUCAUGAGGGAGUUCAGAAUAUGGACGUCUAUUCAUUCUUAAUGUGUAAAUAAAAUAUGAGAAUUAAAUAUUUUUUUCUGAAUUAAAGCAUCAGUGUUGUUUCUAAAAUCUUUAUGAGCUUUAUAAACAAAUAUAAUAUACCUGCUUUUAGAAUAUACCUGCAAAAAAUGUGAUUAAACCUGCAAUUGUGAUGUAUAGUUUUUUAUUGCCUAUUUUUACAUGCCUUUACAGUAUACUGGCUUCUGUAUAUUUUUGCAGUAUGAAUUGAUAAACUGCAUGCAGUACAUUUGUAUCAGGUGACUCAAUUUUUCAGCUCAGAUAUUACAACAGAGGCCAAGUCCACGGCAGAAAGGUGACGUUUGGGACGUGGCUGGUUCAUAAGGCCCAAACCCCCUAAUAGGCCUGUUAACCUUAUUGAGGCCUUACUGUAACCCUCUGCCACUGUGAAAACUAUGUGAACAUUAACAGAUCAAUAAGUAAUGGCAACAUGUUUUUUCAUUACUUUGUCUUGUCAGAAUAAUUUCAACUUCAUAUCACCACACAAGAUAUAAGUAGUGCACUUAAAGUACUUCUCCAACUUUUAUAAAUUGAAAGGUAGCAACAUUGUUUUAAAAGUCCACAUCGGUUCACCUGCCCUUUUGUGACACAGGAAGUAAAAGGUAAACUUGAGAACAUUGCAUCGACGCCAAGUAGUGCGUUUUGGCAAAAUCAGGCAACUUUGCAUACUGUGCGCAGUACACUCGCUUAAUAAAGAGGGAACAAGUGCAGUAUAUAUUUGCAAGCAUAUCCAUAAAGAGUGUUACCUAAAAAAAAAAACAUACCAUAAAACAUGCUCAAGAUCUAAACUAUGAACUCGUUUGAUUACGUUUCAACAGUGAGGAUUAUAUCACUCUGUGGGAUGUAGAUUUACAUCUUAUUGUCUUUUGUUCAUUUGAGGCUCUUGUCUUUGCACAGUUGUGUAAGAAUACGCAAAUGAAAAAAUAAAGGACCCAGUCCGUUCCUCUCAUCCACAGAGUAAACAAAUGUAAAUGAGCUUUCUUACAUUCCCACGGAGAAUAUAGACGUGCUUCAUUAACCAACCAAACAGAAAACUCUGGCGUCUAAAUAUCAUUUUAAUUAAAGAGCGGGGGAACCGGGCUCUUUCUGAAAAUGCCACACCUGGACGCAAUCUCUCCCGUGCCCUUUCCGUUUUCAUUUCCCGGGAAAUGAGUUGAGAAUGUCAAUAGAUGAUAUCGCCCGGUUGAGGGGGGUAAUUAGGUUUGCCGCGUGUCCUUUCAGAUUACAAACGUUAAUGAAGAAACGGUCUCCGUGGUGCUAACACACUUCUCUAAAUCGAAGUUCAUCUCUCCGAGGGCCCGUGAACCGGAGGUGAGGAGAUGAGCAAUUUAGACACGUUCCCCUGCAGACUACAGAUCCGACAUCAGAGGAGCUCCGAGUGUCACAUUCAAACAAUGACAUCAGCCUUGGAACGGAUGUAAUAGUAAACUUUGGUCAUGAAUAUUAAUUAGGGGACGUGACGUUUGCCGGCUGGGCUUAACUGAUUGAAUGAAAUCCAUGUUAAAUAAUUGGGUUGGAUUUUUAUGGCAGCACUUUGCAAUAAGAUUUAAUUUUAUUAAACUAC